UGGUUGAUAAUGUGACCUAUUUUGUAUUACUACAGAAACUUUAUUGUAAUGAUGUUUCCCAUACUAGUUGUAAUUUUUGUCGAGUGCUUAACAUCCUCAGUAUCAGGGACAUGUUGUGUACCUCCUGUUUUUCAAACAGAAAUGGAUGUUACCGGUGGCUUGAUUAAUUUACAGACAAACCACAAAGAGUUCUUUGACAGAAGAGUCCAUUUGUACUUUGAUUAUCACAGAAAAAUGACGCGAACUGAUACGAUUGUAACCUUGAGUGAGAAUAUGACCUUCACACACACUGAGAUUGUGGAUUAUCACCAUGGUAAAACUUAUAAAAUAGAUCUAGGACGAUGUUCUGUAGAGAAACUGACGGUACCAAUACAAGAUCAAUGUAUACCAAAUGAUGCACAACUGAUUGCGCAACGAUCAAUUGGACCGCCGGAUAACAAUUUAGAAGUUCAGAUCUGGAAAUAUGUAAUACCCAGUACCAAUGUGACAGUUGUUCGCUCUGUAACUACACCAGAUUGCUGGCCGGUUUCACAGAUUGAGUAUGGAACAUUCGAAGGAGGUUACACUGCUAUGUCAUAUACUACAGCAGAUAUCAGUAUACACCCAUACUCUGAGUCAGUGAUGACACGACCAAAACAUUGUCAUUAAUACGUACAUGAUGACCAGAAACUGCUAUAUAGGGCUUAGUUAUUUAUAAAAUAUAAAUUAU